CCCCCGGGCGCCCGACGUGGACGCGGCCGCCGCCGCCGCCGCCGCCGCCGCGCGGGAGUCGCUGUCCGCGGAGCCGAUAUGCAGGCGGCGCGGGGCGGCGCGGGGCGGCCGGGCCGGGAGGGCCGCGGGCUGGAGUGCAAGCGGGAGCCGGACGCAGGAGCCGCCAUGCCCCCCGGGCCGCCGUGCGCCUGGCCGCCCCGCGCCGCGCUCCGCCUGUGGCUGAGCUGCGUCUGCUUCGCGCUGGUGCAGGCGGACAGUCCCUCGGCCCCCGUGAAUGUCACCGUCAGGCACCUCAAGGCCAACUCUGCGGUGGUCAGCUGGGAUGUCCUGGAGGAUGAGGUUAUCAUCGGGUUUGCCAUCUCUCAGCAGAAGAAGGAUGUGCGGAUGCUACGCUUCAUUCAGGAGGUGAACACCACCACCCGCUCGUGUGCUCUCUGGGAUCUGGAGGAGGACACAGAGUACAUUGUACACGUGCAGGCCAUCUCCAUUCAGGGCCAGAGCCCAGCUAGUGAGCCUCUGCUCUUCAAGACCCCACGUGAGGCCGAGAAGAUGGCCUCUAAGAAUAAAGAUGAGGUGACCAUGAAGGAGAUGGGGAAGAGCCAGCAGCUGCGAACAGGCGAGGUGCUGAUCAUCGUUGUGGUCCUCUUCAUGUGGGCAGGUGUUAUAGCUCUCUUCUGCCGCCAGUAUGACAUCAUCAAGGACAAUGAGCCCAAUAACAACAAGGAGAAAACCAAGAGCGCGUCAGAAACCAGCACACCGGAGCACCAGGGCGGGGGGCUCCUCCGCAGCAAGAUAUGAAACCUUUCAGUGCUUGCCCCGAGCAGCUCCGAAGACAGUAGAGAAUGUGAGAGGACCUCACUGUUCUGACGAUGACUGUCCGACAAACAUCUGACCCUCUCUGCGUCUCCUCCCUCAUCCAUCUUCUCCUAUCAUCAGGCUUUCCUGGCUUCUCUCUUGGCUUCUCUCUUUCUGAUGUCUUGUCCUGAAGCCUCUUAUUAACCCCUAACUCCAGGAGCACCUCAACAAUGUCAGUGUCUGAGGCUGCAUCCAGAGAGAACUGCAGAAUGUGAGAACCAGCCAGAGGGAUGCCUUUGCUGCGGGUAGACUGGGUGCCAGGGUUCUCGGCACAGGACUCAUGUCUUGGCCACUCAGCUUGACCAAAGGCUGUGUGUGAAAGGGCAGAGAAAGGAGACUUCCAGGCAGGGCUAUCCUUUCUUCCCGUGAGGGACAAGAGCCUGGUGUUUAGGCUGCAGUCCUGCUAUUCCUUCCCUCCUCUGCCCUGUUUCCCAUCUGGCAAGAAGUCUGUUCAACCAGCUCCGGCCACUUCUCUUUUGUUCCCUUCCCAGUUUCCAAACAACGCCUCAGUGAAUGAACAUCAUCAAAGUGUGCCUGGCCCCAUCUGCAGGGGAAGGGUUUCAUUCUCUGCUGGUCCCUGCACCCUUCCUGGGCACAGGGCGAAAGCUGACUAAAGCGGUGGGGGCCCAGCUAGCCAUAGUUCCUUUUCCCAUCUUAGUCUGAUGGUGGAGGCUGAACUAUAAACCCAAAUUCUGUGUGUGUGCGCGUGCACACACACACACACACACACACACACAC